AGCCCAACGUUGAACCAGCUGACCAGCUUGGCCAGCCUGGGGACUCAGCUGAGCCGCGCUAACUGAAACUGGCAGACGCACAACCCUUCCCCGCAGCCCAGGCUCCGCCCCUCGGCGCCCAUUGGCUCAUUCAAUUCACGCCGCGCCUUCCACAGCCCCGCCGGUGGCGAGCUCAGUGUGCCACGGCCUUGGCUUGCGCAGUUCCUGACUGUCAGAGACGAGAGGCAUCCCCCUCCGGUAGCAGCCAUGAGCACCCCAGCCGUGCCCCAGGACCUGCAGCUGCCCCCGAGCCAGAGGGCUCAGCCCGCGUUCAGAGAACAAAGAAGACAAAAACUGAAGGAACAUAUGUUAAAAAGAAAAACUUUUUUUGCAUACAAGCAGGAAAAUCACAUACCCAGCAGUAGAGACCAGAAAGUGAUGAAUUCUGAGGGCCAGGUCUGCGAAGAGACAAAAGUUCUGAAAUUUAAAGCAAAAAUGGCUGAUAAAGAAAAUGUCAGUAGACCUCCUGGGAACAAAAAUCAUAUAACAAUGGGAAAAAAUUGUAUUCCUUUAAGACCUUCUAAUGAAUCAACAAAUUCAACAGUAGCAAUCGACACACAUAAUUUUGAGGAUAAUAAUCAAAUGGGACAUUCCAUACCAAUUAAAGAUGACCCUCCAAGUCAACACAUGACAUUAAGCCAAGUGUUUCAUCUUAAAAACAACAAUAAAAAGAAACAAAUAUCCACAGAAAAACCAAAGCAAGAUGCUAACAUGUCCAAGAAGCUUGUGCUUGGUUCCUACCGUGGCCAGAUUGUUCAGUCUAAGAUUAAUUCAUUUAGAAAGCCCCUUCCAGUCAGAGAUGAGCGUUCUGCAACAACAAAGAAACCUUCAGCUGCUGUCCCUAAAGCCCCAGAGCCUCCGCCCGCAGACACCCGUAGUGCGACAGUGAGAAGUGAUAGAGCCCCAAACGUGGUGACCACCACUAGACUUGGGGGCACCGCAUCUCAGGACAGACAGCUGGUACGGCCUCCUAUCAGAAGCCACUGCGACAGUGCUCAGGGCGCUGUGAAACAAGGCAUCGGGAGAACCACGGCUAAUGUUACAAUCCGGAAAGGGCCUAGGGAGAAAGAAUUACUGCAAUCAAACGCGGUUUCCUCUAGUGCCAAAACCAGUUCUCAGGAUGGAGUGAGAAAGAAGACACUGUCGAGAAGCCUGACCUCUGAAAUUGUAGCCAGGUCUGCUGUGUCUUCUAACACCAAACUGAUAGAGAAAUCAAAAAGCAGUGAUCCUCGCAGACACACUAUAGCAAAAACAACUAUUGAUAGAUCAGCUCAGCCCAAAGAAACAGCAGAAGAGAGAAAAGCUCGUCUUUGUGAGUGGAAAGCUGGCAAAAGAAAAGUGCUGAAAAGGCCUCCCAGCUCAGUGGUUACCCAGCCUGAGCCUGGAGGGCAAAACGAAAACUCAGUCGGGUCCUUUUGGACAACCAUGGUAGAGGAAGAUGAACAAAGAUUAUUUACUGAAAAAGUAAACAAGACAUUUUCUGAAUGCCUAAACCUGAUUAAUGAGGGGUGCCCAAAAGAAGAGAUAUUGGUGAUACUGAAUGACCUGAUUAAAAAUAUUCCAGAUGCCAAAAAACUUGUUAAAUAUUGGAUAUGCCUUGCACGUAUUGAACCACUCACAAGUCCUAUUGAAAAUAUUAUCACAAUCUAUGAGAAAGCUAUCCUGGCAGGGGCUCAGCCUAUCGAAGAGAUGCGACAUGCAAUUGCAGAUAUUCUAACAAUGAAGAGUCAAGAAAAAGUUAAAUAUGGAGAAAAUGUUGAGGCCUGUGCAACUAAGGAAUGUAUCCAAGAAGUCGACAGUGAAGAUAUAGGUGUUAAUCCCGAGUCAGGAAGACCAGAAAUGGAAAAGAAACCUAGAAACGUGGUAUUUCAAGAAGAGGAAGAUGACAAAGCAAAAGAUCCAACCAAUGAUGUUAAAACCCCCAGUACAGAAACCAGGGGAAGUUGCUUAAUUAAAUAUAAUGUGUCUACUACACCAUACCUACAAAGUGUAAAAAAGAAGAUACAGUUUGACCACACAGAUACUACAUUUAAAGAGCUAAAGUUUCUGACACCAGUCAGGCGUUCUCGACGUAUUCAAGAGAAGACUUCUAAAUUGCCAGAUAUGUUAAAAGACCAUUAUCCAUGUGUGUCUUCACUGGAGCAGUUAACAGAAUUGGGAGGUGAAACCGAUGCUUUUGUAUGCCGUCCUAAUGCAGCACUAUGCCCAAUGUACUCAGAGACUGGAACAGCACAAGAGAAAUAAAGUGAUGAUGAGGAAUAGGG